GAAUUUAGGGGGCGUUUGCGAUAAAAAUGCUAUCUUUUCCAUUUUCAAUCAAUAUAAAUAUAUGUUUGAAAGGCAAGAUAGAAAGAUGAACAUGUAGGAAUGCAACUUUGACAGGAAGAUAGAAGAAAAUGGGGGCCUCUUUGUUGAUGGUGCUGACCCUUGUGACGGAAAUUUCAUCUCUAACUUAAAGUCGAAGCUUGAUUUGUUUUUCUUUAUGAAAUUAGAAAUUACAUUGUAAAAAAGGUUAUGGAUGAAGAGACUGUGAGAUUAAUUAGCGAAAAUUGCAUUCCACAUCAACCAUUCCUAGUGUGCCUUUGUAUUUGUUUGAAAAACUCACUGAAAGUUCAAUAAGCAAAACCGUAGAGGACAAAAAUCCUAGGAAUGCCCUACUGCUCGAGCAUUAACGAUGUGAAAACUAUGAGUACAACAGUAGAUUUAAAAUCUGGAAAACUGAGAGAUUGAACAAUGAUGAUGUUGUUAGUGUCCUACCGGGAUCAGGCGUAGUUAGCAGUUUACUUGGAACUGUUCAAAGCCAAAUGCCAGCAUCUUGCCCUCUUCUAAGAAAAUCUGCAACAGCGAUGUGUUUUCUUAACAAGAGGUGCACAAUUUUUGUUUUCAAUGGUUAGACCUUGAAGCAUGUGUUAUUGUUGACCACAGCCCAAAAGCCUCAUGUGUUGUACAUGUACCUUAUUUUCAGACAGAUGUUUAUGAUCAUGCAUUUAGUCACAUCUGAAUGCUUGGGUUUCUUUUGCAUUGGUAAUUUUGGCUUUCCCCAAAAAAUUUGAGUAUAGAAGCAAAACAAAAGAAAGAGGACUAUGAAAUAAUGCAACUUUCUCAACAACUUGAUUUCCUACAGGAUGACAGGGAGGAAGUUUUACAGGCAUGGUAUAUGGAUGAUAGUGAUGAAGAUCAGAGGCUCCCCCAUCACCGGGAUCCAAAGCAAUUUGUGUCCCUGGACAAACUUGCUGCACUUGGGGUACUCAGCUGGCGAUUAGAUGCUGAUAACUAUGAAACUGAUGAGGAGUUGAAGAAAAUUCGUGAGGCCCGUGGAUAUUCCUACAUGGACUUCUGUGAGGUUUGCCCAGAAAAGCUACCCAACUAUGAACAGAAGAUCAAAAACUUUUACGAAGAACAUCUUCACACUGAUGAAGAGAUUCGUUACUGUGUCGCGGGAAGUGGCUAUUUUGAUGUACGGGAUCUUGAUGAAGCUUGGAUCCGUGUCUGGGUAAAGAAAGGGGGGAUGAUUGUCCUACCUGCUGGAAUUUAUCACCGCUUUACGCUCGAUACAGACAACUACAUUAAGGCAAUGCGGCUGUUUAUUGGUGAUCCUAUUUGGACUCCAUAUAAUCGUCCACAUGAUCAUCUACCCGCCAGGAAAGAGUAUGUUGAAUCUUUUGGACAGAAAGAAGCUACUAAUCACGCCAUUGAUGCUUCAGCUUAAACCGUAGCCUUUCCAAAAGCUCAAAAAACUGUUGUGUCUCUAAUAAUAUAUAUUGGCUUGUAUGGAUUGGUAGCUUGUAUGGCCCUCUAUAGUGGUUGCUAUCAUCUAGUACAAAACCGAUAUUACCUGUUUUAAACAGGAAAGAAUAAGUUUGUGUAUGCAAAUCUCAUCGUUGGAUGAUGAGCUUGAAUGCCUUCUACGUAAUAUGUAGAUCGAUAAAUAACUAUGGUUGAUUGUAUUAAUACACGAGUGUUGUCAUUUGUAAGGUCAAUUCAUUUUCAUCCAUUUAUCUCUAUUCUGAG